CCACUUAAAGUUACCCAGAAGGCAGCGCGACGGGUCAGAGGUCACACGUCAGGAUGGCAGCAAACGAAGAGAUGGAGGUUGAUCAAGAUAACAAGAAGGAGGGAAUCCAGCUGUACUUCCAGAACAAAAUAGAAGGAUUGGAGUUGGAAGUUGCAGAGAGGACACAAAACCUGAGACGUUUAGAAGCACAGAGAAAUGAACUCAAUGCCAAAGUGCGUAUGCUGCGUGAAGAGCUGCAGUUGCUGCAGGAACAGGGCUCGUAUGUCGGCGAGGUCGUCAAACCCAUGGACAAGAAAAAAGUGCUCGUCAAGGUUCACCCAGAAGGGAAGUUUGUAGUAGAUGUGGACAAGGCCAUUGAUAUCAACGACGUCACGCCCAACUGCCGCGUCGCCCUGAGAAACGACAGCUACACACUACACAAGAUCCUGCCUAAUAAGGUUGACCCCCUAGUAAGUCUGAUGAUGGUGGAGAAAGUUCCGGACUCCACCUACGAGAUGAUUGGCGGUUUGGACAAACAGAUCAAGGAGAUCAAAGAGGUCAUUGAACUUCCGGUCAAACACCCCGAACUGUUCGAGGCCCUGGGAAUCGCUCAGCCAAAGGGUGUACUGUUGUACGGCCCCCCUGGUACAGGGAAGACCCUGCUAGCCCGCGCUGUUGCCCAUCACACAGACUGUACCUUUAUCCGUGUGUCUGGGUCUGAACUGGUGCAGAAGUUCAUCGGGGAAGGCUCCAGGAUGGUUCGCGAACUCUUUGUCAUGGCUAGAGAGCACGCUCCCUCCAUCAUCUUCAUGGAUGAAAUUGACUCCAUCGGAUCCUCCAGACUGGAAGGGGGGUCUGGAGGUGACAGUGAGGUACAGAGGACCAUGUUAGAACUGUUGAACCAGCUGGACGGGUUUGAGGCUCAUCAGAACAUCAAGGUUGUCAUGGCGACCAACCGGAUCGACAUCCUGGACUCGGCGCUGCUCCGUCCCGGCCGCAUCGACAGGAAGAUCGAGUUUCCCGCUCCCAACGAGGACGCGCGUGCCGACAUCUUGAAGAUCCACUCCCGUAAGAUGAACUUGACUCGAGGAAUCAACCUGAGGAAGAUCGCUGAGACCAUGCCUGGAGCCUCCGGGGCAGAGGUCAAGGGAGUGUGCACAGAGGCAGGAAUGUACGCACUACGGGAAAGACGAGUUCAUGUGACCCAGGAAGACUUUGAAAUGGCCGUAGCAAAGGUGAUGCAGAAGGACUCCGAGAAGAACAUGUCCAUCAAGAAGCUGUGGAAGUAAUGCUGGUGCAUUCUGGGAUAGCUUCCUGCCCCUGGGACUUGUGGGAUAUCGUCACACAUUGUUCUGAAUAAACACCAAGA